AUGGCCACCCGCAUCUCGCGUUCCGAGUUCGAGGCUUUUGUUGCCCCCCUUAUUGAGGAAAUUAUCCAAUCAACUGAGCAAUACAAACUGCCAGAAAAUGCCCGACAAUGGUUUGAGGCUUCUCUCAAAGCCAACAUCGUCGGUGGUAAGAUGAAUCGAGGGAUGUCAGUACCAGAUACCGCCAGCAUUCUGCUCGGUCGACCUCUAACGGCAGACGAAUUGAAACACCUCGCUCUACUUGGAUGGUUCACGGAGCUCCUCCAGGCAUUUUUCCUAGUCAGCGACGAUAUCAUGGACAGCUCAAUCACCCGCCGAGGACAGCCUUGCUGGUACCGACAAGAAGGCGUUGGGUUGAUUGCUAUUAACGACGCAUUUAUGCUGGAAAGUGCAAUCUAUGUCAUCCUCAAGAAGUACUUCCGCUCGCACCCUGCCUAUGUGGACCUCCUCGAGCUCUUUCACGAGACCACCUACCAGACCGAGCUCGGACAAUUGUGCGACUUGAUCACCGCCCCCGAAGACAAGGUUGACUUGGAUAACUUCUCGAUGGAGAAAUACACUUUCAUUGUCAAGUACAAGACUGCAUACUACAGCUUCUAUCUCCCCGUCACGCUGGCUUUACAUUAUCUACAACUUGCCACGCCUAACAACUUGAAGCAGUGCGAGGAUAUUCUCAUCCCUCUUGGUGAAUACUUUCAGAUCCAGGACGACUACCUCGACGCCUUCGGAUUGCCUGAGACUAUUGGCAAGAUUGGCACAGAUAUCCAAGACAACAAAUGCUCGUGGCUCGUCAACCAGGCCUUGACAAUGGUAACGCCGGAGCAACGCCAGCUUCUUAACGAAGCAUACGGCCGCAAGGACAGCGCUCUAGAAGCUAAGGUCAAGGCUCUCUACAACGACCUUAAGCUGGAGCAACAUUACCUGAACUUUGAGGAAGAGCGUGUCGGCAACCUGCGUCGCCAAAUUUCCGCUGUCGAUGAAUCCGAGGGUCUCAAGAAAGAGAUCUUCUCGGCUUUCCUCGAUAAGAUUUACAAGCGCAGCAAAUAA